ACCAUGUGUGCAUAUAUAAACCUCGUUCCUUUGUCUUAGGAUAACCACAAAGCUCCACUUUGAAUUUCCAAUGGGGUCCUAUAGGGUUUCCAAUUAUUCAUUCGUUUGGUUCAUAUUGUUUCUGUGUUCUUUUGCUUCCUCUUCUUUUUCAUCAUCCUUGCACCCUUUGGUUUUCACCUCCAAAGUUGAACACCUUAAUCACACAGCAAUAUCUGAGUUUAGGGUUCUUAACAGAAAAUUUCUAGGCGACUGUCCGAAUCCGAGCCCUUAUCUCCAAAUUAGUACUAAUUCAAGUGCUUCUGGCCUUGGAGAUGAAGAAUAUGUGAGUGUCAAUAUUAGUGGCGUCCUGCGUCCUUCCAAAUAUGAUUGGGUCGCCAUGAUAUCACCUUCUCAUUCUGAUAUAUCAAGCUGCCUUGCCAAUGGAAUUCUCUAUGCACAAACCGGGGAUUUUGGAAAACUUCCUCUUCUCUGCCAUUAUCCUGUCAAGGCAGCAUACAUGAGCAAUGAUCCUGACUAUCUCAGCUGCAAGAAGAAGGAAUGCAAAAAGUAUCAGAAUGGUCGAUGCGUGGUGUCCACUUGUGGUGGUUCAUUAUCAUUUCAUGUUAUCAACAUCAGAACCGACAUUGAAUUUGUGUUGUUUUCCGGUGGAUUUGAGGCACCUUGCAUUCUCAAGAAGUCAAACCCUCUGAAAUUUACCAAUCCGAACAAGCCAUUAUACGGACAUCUCUCAAGCAUCGAUUCAACUGGUACAUCGAUGAGAGUAACAUGGGUUAGUGGGCACAAGGAACCUCAGCAAGUGCAAUAUGGCAACGGGGAAAAGCAGACAUCAGGAGUUACUACAUUUUCACAAGACGAUAUGAAAAGUUCAGCUCUACCAAGUCCAGCCAAGGACUUCGGCUGGCAUGAUCCAGGUUUCAUUCAUACAGCAGUAAUGAGAGGACUUAAGCCUUCAUCUAGUUUCUCUUAUAGAUAUGGAAGCGAUUCAGUUGGUUGGAGUGAUCAAAUCCAAUUCCGGACUCCACCAGCAGGAGGAUCUGAUGAACUCAAAUUUCUUGCAUUUGGCGACAUGGGAAAGGCUCCUCGGGAUUCUUCAACGAUGCAUUACAUUCAGCCAGGAUCUCUUUCAGUGAUUCAAGCCGUGGCCAGUGAAAUAAAUUCCGGGAAUGUAGACUCUAUCUUCCACAUUGGAGACAUUAGCUAUGCCACAGGAUUUUUAGUUGAAUGGGAUCUUUUCCUUCAACAAAUCAGUCCGGUCGCUUCUCGAGUUUCUUACAUGACAGCAAUAGGAAACCAUGAGAGGGACUAUAUAGACACUGGAUCAGUUUAUAUUUUACCAGACUCAGGUGGAGAAUCUGGAGUUCCUUAUGAGACUUACUUUCCUAUGCCAACCUCAGCAAAGGAUAAGCCAUGGUAUUCCAUAGAACAAGCAAGUGUUCACAUUACGGUGAUUUCAACAGAGCAUGACUGGUCCACAAAUUCCGAGCAGUAUCAAUGGAUGAGAAAGGACAUGGCUUCAGUUGAUCGAUCGAAAACUCCUUGGUUGAUUUUUAUGGGGCAUAGACCCAUGUAUUCCUCCUCACCUGGAUUCCUCAAUGUUGAUAAAAUAUUUGUCGACGAAGUGGAACCAUUACUGCUCGAGAGCAAAGUUGAUUUAGUCCUAUUUGGUCAUGUUCAUAACUACGAGCGAACUUGUGCGGUUUAUAAGAGUGAAUGCAAAGGAUUGCCUCAAAAAGAUGAAAAUGGGAUUGACACAUAUGAUCAUAGCAACUACAGUGCCCCAGUGCACGCUGUAAUUGGUAUGGCUGGCUUUACCUUGGACGGGUUCUCAAGUGGUGUUAAUAAUCCUUGGAGUUUAUCCAAGAUUUCUGAAUUUGGUUAUCUAAGAGGACAUGCGACAAAGAAAGAGAUGAAAUUAGAGCUUGUGAAUGCAGAUACAAGAAAGGUUGAAGACAGAUUCCACAUUACAAAAUAGCAAGGUCAUUUAAUAGGAAGAUUUAUGCCCAAUGUAUAUAAGUUGAACAAGAUGAAGAGGAGAGUGCCAGGUCAUCAUGUCCGGAGAAAGUUGUUUCGAAAUGUCACUUAGUAUUUUUAGUACAGAUUAUAAGGUUAAUGUAUUGCAAAAAUAUUGUCAUCUAAGAUAAAAGAUAGUUUAAACAUCUACAGAUAAUGUACUUAAACAAUGAUCUCUUCCUUUUUCGGAAUCAUUCAAUAAGAUUAAUGGCAACUCUUAAAUCUAAAAA